GCAAAUCAAAACUCGACUCCUGGUCAACCUCACCUCCUGCCCAACAAUCUCGCCGCACACCUGAACAACCCGGGUAUGCCAGGCCAGUCUUCCGGUACUCCGCAAAUCAACAACCCCUCCGGCAACCCUUCCUCGUCGGGCAAACUCCUCCUGCUUCCACCCGGCCGAGCGCCUCCCCCAGGCUCAGAAGAAUCCAAGAUUUAUAUCCUCAUCGCCGAACUCCUUGAUCCUCAGACGAGAGAGACUGCCCUGCUCGAACUAUCCAAGAAGAGGGAGAUGUACGAAGACCUCGCGCUCGUGCUCUGGGGAGGGUUUGGGAUCAUGAGCUCGUUGUUGCUCGAGAUUGUCUAUGUCUACCCGGCUCUAAGCCCACCCAGCUUGAGUGCACACGCGAGUAACAGGGUGUGUAACGCGUUGGCGCUGUUGCAAUGUGUAGCGAGUCAUGCCGAGACGAGGAGCUUGUUCUUGAACGCCCAUAUUCCGUUGUUCCUCUACCCCUUCUUGAACACGACGAGCAAGACGAGACCGUUCGAGUACCUCAGACUGACCUCGCUCGGUGUCAUUGGGGCUCUGGUCAAGCAAAAUGACAACUCGGACGUCAUUAACUUUCUGCUCUCGACCGAGAUCAUCCCCCUCUGUCUGCGAAUCAUGGAAACCGGCUCGGAACUUUCCAAGACGGUGGCCAUCUUCAUCGUUCAAAAGAUCCUGCUCGACGACCUGGGUCUCGCUUAUAUCUGCCAGACUUACGAGAGAUUCUACGCUGUUGGGACUGUGCUCAGCAACAUGGUCAACGCGCUCGUGGAUACGCAGGCGGUCAGGUUGUUGAAGCACGUCGUCAGGUGUUAUUUGAGGCUCAGUGAUAACCCGAGGGCGAGGGAAGCGCUGAGGGCUUGUCUUCCCGAUGCGCUCAGGGACGGAACGUUCUCCACCCUGCUCAAGGGAGAUGCUGUCACCAAGCGAUGCCUCACUCAAUUGCUCCAAAACCUCUCGGAGCGAUCCGAGUGAGGGAAGGUUUCGAGAGUGACAUUCGGGUGCGAUUCCCAUCUACACCCAGCUCCGGACGAAAUGGUUGCCGAUACCAACCGCACCUCAAAAUUCCGGUCUUCAAAUACCCUCAUUCCCAACAUCUUGGGACAGUUUCGAGAACGAUCUAAUGGAUACACACACGCCCACAUACGACAUCGACACAGACGCCUUUCACCCACACAACUACAUCCACUUGCCGUCUCUUUCCAUCUUGUUCUCCUGCAUAGGUCAAAAUCUACCACGUCGUGCCGAUCUUUCGACCUCCACAAACCAUUCCAGAUCGAAUAUCGCGACACCCUUUCUCGUCUUCUGGGCCAAUACCGGCUAUAAUCUUUCGGGAUUCGGAGCGCAACCAUAUUUUCACGCUACGGGUUGUUGAAUCAUACGAUCUUCCUUCUCUCGUUUCUCUCAAAUUUGUACCGAAUAUUCGCCCGGAACCGUCUGCUGAGACGUCCUGGCGGUUUUUCUUCCCUU